UAUAAAGUGGUGAUUACAUUGCAAUAAAACAGUUUUUUGAAUUGAGUAGACUGCAAGUGCAUGUGACUACAAUUUAGGAGAUGAAAUCCUUUGUAAUAACCCUUUUGGGAGUGAGUGCUUUGGCAUUUGCUAGUCCUCCAAAUCAUUUGUGUCCGACUGUUGAUGGUCCAGAUUCUGUUUACAUUCCACAUGAAGAUUGUCACAAAUUUUGGCAAUGCUCUAACGGAGUUGCUUAUUUGUUUAACUGUUCGGCGACUACCGUUUUUGACCCAAGUUUGAAUGUGUGUGUUCAUGAGUGGGAUUAUGACUGUAAACCUAAUCCUAGCCCUACGCUAAUUCCGACUAAGCCGACUGAAUUACCGACUGAGAAACCCACUGAAGAACCAAGUGAAGAAUCUAGCGAAGUGACAACCAAACCAACUCGUCCGAGUAAACCAACUCGUCCUACAAAACCAUCACGUCCUACCAGACCUUCACGUCCUACUCGUCCAUCUAAGCCUACUAGACCAUCUCGUCCAACUCGUCCAAGUAAACCAACACGACCACCAUGCUCGUCUACGCGACCUACUAGACCUAGACCAACAAAACCACAACCCACAAAAGUGCCAACUAAACCACCAACUGAGAAACCGACUGAAAAACCAACUGAACCACCAACUGAGAAACCAACUGAAGAACCGACUGAGCCACCAACCGAGAAACCAACUGAAGAACCUACUGAGCCACCAACUGAAAAACCAACUGAGAAACCAACUGAAGAACCUACUGAGCCACCAACUGAAAAACCAACUGAGAAACCAACUGAAGAACCUACUGAGCCACCAACUGAAAAACCAACUGAGAAACCAACUGAAGAACCUACUGAGCCACCAACUGAAAAACCAACUGAGAAACCAACUGAAGAACCUACUGAGCCACCAACUGAAAAACCAACUGAGAAACCAACUGAAGAACCUACUGAGCCACCAACUGAAAAACCAACUGAGAAACCAACUGAAGAACCUACUAAGCCACCAACUGAGAAACCAACUGAAAAACCUACUAAGCCACCAACUGAAAAACCAACUGAGAAACCAACUGAAGAACCUACUGAGCCACCAACUGAAAAACCAACUCAACCACCAACUCAAAAACCUACUCAACCACCAACUGAAAAACCAACAGAAGAAACAACUGAAAGAACAAGCCAUGAAUCUUCACCUUCAAACAAACCAACUCCUCCUCCAACUCGUCCAACUCGUCCAGAUAGCAGUGAAUCUGACGAUAGUAGUGAAUGGUCAAAUGAAAGUUCAAACAAUGGCUCAAGUUCUUCAUCAAGUUCUGAAUCAAAUCAUAAUUCCCGGGAAAGCAAUGAAUCAAAUCAUCAUAAUUCCCGAGAAAGCAAUGAAUCAGAUCAUCAUAAUUCUAGGGAAAGCAAUGAAUCAAAUCAUCAUAAUUCUAGAGAAAGCAAUGAAUCAGAUCAUCAUAAUUCCCGGGAAAGCAAUGAAUCAAAUCAUCAUAAUUCCCGAGAAAGCAAUGAAUCAGAUCAUCAUAAUUCCAGGGAAAGCAAUGAAUCAAAUCAUCAUAAUUCCCGAGAAAGCAAUGAAUCUAACCAUCAUAACUCCAGAGAAAGCAAUGAAUCAGAUCAUCAUAAUUCCCGAGAAAGCAAUGAAUCAAACCAUCAUAAUUCCCGAGAAAGCAAUGAAUCAAAUCAUCAUAAUUCCCGAGAAAGCAAUGAAUCAGAUCAUCAUAAUUCCAGGGAAAGCAAUGAAUCAAAUCAUCAUAAUUCCCGAGAAAGCAAUGAAUCAGAUCAUCAUAAUUCCCGAGAAAGCAAUGAAUCAGAUCAUCAUAAUUCCCGAGAAAGCAAUGAAUCUAACCAUCAUAACUCCAGAGAAAGCAAUGAAUCAGAUCAUCAUAAUUCCCGAGAAAGCAAUGAAUCAAACCAUCAUAAUUCCAGGGAAAGCAAUGAAUCAGAUCAUCAUAAUUCCAGGGAAAGCAAUGAAUCAAAUCAUCAUAAUUCCCGAGAAAGCAAUGAAUCAAAUCAUCAUAAUUCCCGAGAAAGCAAUGAAUCAAACCAUCAUAAUUCCAGAGAAAGCAAUGAAUCCAACCAUCAUCAUCAUCACCAUCAUUAGAGGAAGUUCAGGCAAAGAGGAACAUUAACAUUUUGCGUUAGCCAACUGGCAUAUUAUGUUUAAUAAAUAAUACCCAAUGUUUAUCAGUUUAUAAUAAAAUGUUAUGUAUCGAUUAUUACCACAAACUUAAUAAAUACGAUUAUUCAAA